UAAAUAUUCAACCUAAUUAGUUAUUAUUAUAAUAUAUAUAUAUAUAAGCAAAAUUAGACACUUUAUAUAUAUAUAUAUUUUAUAUUUUAUAUAUAAAUUAUUCUCUAAAAUACACUCUUUUAAUUCGAUUAUGGAUAUCCUUCACCUCCUGAACCAUUACCCAGACGAUACCCACCAAUCUUGUCGCCACAAAGGCUUCCAAUGUCUAUGGUCAGAUUGUGGAAAAUGGUUUUCUCGCCGAUCAGACCUUGCACGCCAUCGAAGGAUCCACACAGGCGAAAGACCGUACGAGUGCGAAUGGCCAGACUGUAAAAAACACUUUAUACAACAAUCGGCUCUUACAGUCCAUUUACGGACACACACCGGCGAACGGCCUCAUGUGUGCGAAUAUCUAAUGUGUGGAAAAUCAUUUAGUGAUUCUUCUUCUUUAGCCCGUCACCGCCGAACACAUACAGGAAAACGACCAUAUGUUUGUCCAUGCGGAAAGUCAUUUACUCGGAAGACUACUCUUUCGAGGCAUAGCCAGGCCAGACACAGCAGAACUCCAGCUGAUUGUUUCAAACCACUCUGUCUUGCAUCACCUCCCGUGAGCUGUAGCUCUCCUGAAUCGGAUGUCAGUACGCCACCCAGUAAGCACCAGACAUUGUUUCCCCAGCACUCUCCAUUACUCCCCUUUACACUGCAUUUCCAUUCCAACCCACAGACCCUCAUACGCUUGCCCCUUCCCCACGUACAUAUUCUGGACAGCCAUAAAUAAAUUACAACUUUAAUAAAUAUAUCCAUUCAUCCCAUUCAUGCAUCCAUUUCUUUUUUUUUUUUUUACAUAUAAUAAAAUACAUACAUUUCAAACUC